CGGUGUACCAUUAAAAAAGAUGGUGGCUGCCUCUAUGCUACUAAAAAGUUCGAGACUCUCUCUAUGCUAUCGUCGAACUUUAUCGUGCCCUCCACACCAUCCCGUCGCUAUUCUGUUUAGCUUUAACCGUUUGGCAGUUCUGACAUGUGUGUCGGAUAGGAAAAAUAUCGCUCUUGCCCUUUGCAGUCUCUGCUUUGUUUUAGAGAGAGGCCAGGCGCGGCGUGGCGGCGAGGCGGCGAGGCGGCGCCGGCAAGGCCGCCGACCUCGCCUACUGGGAGAGCGCGGCGAGGAUGAUCGUCGACGCGUCACGCUCCGGCAAGGUCGUCGUCGAGAAGUCCACCGUCCCGUCAGGACGGCCGAGGCCAUCGAGAAGAUCCUCGCGCACAACGCCCAUGUCGUCGAGUUCCAGGUGCUCUCCAACCCGGAGUUCCUGGCGGAGGUCACGGCCGUCGCUGACCUGCGUUCUCAUCGGUGGCCGCGACACCGCCGCCGUGCAGGCGUUGAAGGACAUGUACGCGCAAUGGGUCCCCGUCGACCGGAUCGUCACCACCAACCUCUGGUCGGCGGAGCUGUCCAAGCUCGCCGUGAACGCGUUCUUGGCGCAGAGGGUGUCAUCGGUGAACGCCAUCUCCGCGCUCUGCGAGGCCACCGGCGCCGACAUCACGGAGGUGGCGACCGGCGCUGCGCAGCGGGCGCAGGUUCAACUGCGGCGGGCGACAGCUUCGGUUGGAACGGCUCGACGGCGAUGCGGAGCUCCGGGAGAACGGCGACAGCUCAAACGUCUCCAAGAUCUAGCAUGCAUGUGUGUCCACGAGGUUAGUGAGGCCACAUGGAUGGUGUGUGCGCGAGGAAUUGGACAAUGACUCACCGGAGGAGGCGGAAUCGACGUUUGACGCCGGCGGCCAGAGUUGGAGAAGAUGAUACCGUUCUCCGUCCAUGGUGCAUCAAUCUUGGGGGUUCUUGAGGGGUUUUGGUCGUGGUGAUGAGACGACGAUGGUGGCGCGGCGGCUCAACUUGGCGUGGUCCAGAUCGACGGGGAGGAAGAUGAUGUCGUGGCGGCGCCGCUCCGGUGCGCGUUCCAGAGCACCGUGGGCAUGACGGCGUUCCAGAGAUUACCUGUUGCCCCUGAAUUUGAACCAGGUCUCAGCGCAUUGCUUAUGGGCGCAGGAGAGGUCGUCCUUGCAGGAGCAGCCGAGGAACAUGCUGGAGCCGGACUCGGCGACGGCGCUGUCGAGGCCGAGGUGGCAGAUGCGGCAAUUCCUCUCGGCCGUGUCCGGGCUGGCCUUGGCGAUCGUCACCACUCACCACCUGCUCGUCGUCGUUCACCAUUGCUCAUGCCAAACAAACCUACCAAAAAAACAAUUCGAGAAAAAGGAAAAUAAUCACUCGAAAUUGCUUCUAUACCAAAUCCGGACAAGAGCAAAGAAGGGAGCAAACUUGUUCAAAGGGUAACAAAGUCAUUUUGCUGCACCGUUACCCACCGUUAGGAAAAAAACGGUCGGAAUGGUGUGGAGGACGCGAUAAAGUUCGACGAUAUUAUAGAGGGAGGCUCGAACUUUUUAGUGGCACAAAGUCAGCCACCAUCUUUUUUAAUGGCACACAGGGAAAGACCUCUAAAGUAUGCAGGUUUAGUAGAAUACACGAAGUUGUAUAUAGUAAUGUAGUAUCUGUAAAAAAAUAAUGGAGAUGAGAACUGCAUAUAUAUAUUAUCUCUGUACUUGCGGGUAUUUAUAUUGACUUGCCAUGUGCGUGCAUUUGCAGCUAGCUAGUGGCAGUUCCCUGAA